AUGGCGGCAAAGAGAAAGAGAGUCGAGAUCGCGGAGACGACCCCUGCCGCCAAAACGGCACCUGCGAAAAAGGCCAAGGCGACUACCACCAAUGGCUCGACUUCGAAAGAGACAACCUCAAGCGCUGCCCCGGCCGAAGAGUUGACGAUCCAGAUCGUGACAGGCUCCUAUGACAGAGUCCUCCACGGCAUCGCUGCUACGAUAAAGCCCGAGGGCAAGGUCGAAUUCGCCGACACAUUCCUUUUCUCCGCGCAUACUUCAGCCAUCCGUUGCAUCGCCCUGUCGCCUCUCUCGGCACCCGUCCCCGGCCAGGGCCAGAAGGUACUGCUGGCAUCCGGCAGCACAGACGAGCGCAUCAACCUCUACAACCUGUCGGCGCACCCCCCGAGCCGCAAGAACCAGGAGCUUCUGUCCGCCGUCUCCGCUCGGCCGAUCCUCGAGAACCCCAAGAACCGCGAGGUCGGAACGUUACUGCACCACUCGUCGAGCAUCACCAGGCUGGCCUUCCCUACGCGGUCAAAACUGCUUUCCUCGAGCGAGGACUCCACCAUCGCUGUCGCGAGAACGAGAGACUGGUCUGUCUUGUCGACGAUCAAGGCGCCCAUAGCCCAGCCCUCCGGCAGGCCCAGCGGUGACACUGCACCCUUUGGCGGUACGCCUUCUGGUGUCAAUGACUUUGCCAUCCACCCUAGUAUGAAGUUGAUGAUCAGCGUCAGCAAGGGCGAGCGGUGCAUGCGGUUGUGGAACCUAGUCACUGGAAAGAAGGCCGGCGUCUUGAACUUUAGCCGCAGCAUGUUGCAGGAGGUUGGAGAGGGCAGAGUCUCAACCGGCGAAGGCCGGCGGGUAGUUUGGGGAAAGGCGGACGGCGAGGACGAGUUCGCGGUUGGGUUCGACCGAGACGUCGUCGUCUUCGGCAUGGACAGUGUCCCCAAGUGCCGCGUCAUGUCCGAUACGCGGACCAAGAUUCACGACUUGUCCUACAUCACCAUUGACGGCGAAACCGAAUCGAGUUUAUUGACAGUCUCCACCGAGGACGGACGGAUUCUGUUUUUCUCUACGGCAUCAAACGACCUGAAGAAGCCCGACUCUGAGGACAAAACACUGUCGAGUGCCAAGUUGGUUGCUCAGAUCGGUGGCAAGGAGGAUGGCGUGAUUGGUCGCAUCAAGGACACGGCUUUUCUGCAAGUCAAGGAGAACGAUUCGACGACGUUGUUCGUUAUUGCCGGCAGCAGCGAUGGCAAGGUGCGAUUGUGGACGGUUGGCGCGGAGGAGCUCAAGGCCAGCAAGAGCAAGGGCAAAGGCAAGACCGAGGCGAAGCAAGCUGGUAAGCUGCUGGGAAUGUACAGCACAAACAACCGCAUCACCUGCGUGGCGGCAUUCACCAUGAUACCCCGGCCGGAGGGAGUGGAGGAGAGCGAGGACGAGGCUGACGAGGACUCGGAUGAUUCCGACGAUGACGACGAAGAGUAG